UCCCUCUCCGUUCAUUCCUUACAAAAGAAAACAUCAAGCGUGCGGUGUAUACAUGUUUAGAAAGAUUGACGCGGAUUGAUUUUUCAGUGAAACGCGGAAGAAGUGAAUGCUGUUUAAUAACGGAAUGACAGCUUUAAUGGACCACAAGAAAAUCCGACACUGAUGUGAGAUCAGUUCAGGAGCGCUGGGAUAUUGUUGAUAUAUUUACAAUAUCUGUCAUUCCCGUCAGAAGAUCCGGAUAUAACACAAACACUCCCAUAGCAUCGGAAUAUCAGUAUGGACUCACCUUUCAACAUGUUGUUAGUGGUUAACACUGGAUUAUGUACUGAUGCUCUUCAUUGCUGAAUGUUCGUGCAUUAUAACCUCCGAAAUGACAGUUAAACGUUAUCUUGUUGAUGCGGGUGGGAUCGACUGAAGAGCACCUCCACUGAAAAGAUGGAGUAAAACUUGUUUCCAACAUACAAUCUAACAAACUCACCUUAUGUAGUUCAGAAAUGGAUGAACCCUUACGUAGUUCAGUUUGAAAAAUGGAUAAACUCACCAUUAUCUCAGGAUGUCUCUUCCUUGCAGCUGAUAUUUUUGCAAUUGCUAGUGUUGCAAAUCCAGACUGGAUUAAUACAGGAGGACACGAGGGAUCUCUGACUGUGGGCCUUGUCAAGCAAUGCCAGACCAUCCAUGGUCGAAGCAAAAUAUGUAUCUCACCAAGCCUUCCUCCAGAAUGGAUCACAUCUCUGUUCUUCAUCAUCAUGGGCAUCAUCUCACUCUCUAUAACAUGUGGCCUGCUUGUGAUAUCACACUGGCGACGAGAGGCGAUAAAGUACGCUCGGUGGAUCGCCUUCAUGGGAAUGGUCCUCUUCUGUAUGGCCGCCCUCAUAUUUCCAAUUGGAUUUUACGCCAAUCAAGUCGGAGGACAGCCUUACAAAUUACCCAAUAACACCGUUGUUGGGUCAUCUUAUGUACUGUUUGUUCUAUCAAUAUUUUUCACAAUAGUAGGACUUCUUUUUGCUGGUAAAGUAUGUCUGCCUGGCUGACAAAUCAAAAAAAAAAAAUUUUUAAAUGACAAUAUGAUGGUAAAAUAUCCACAAGACAAUUCUGAAGAGGAGAGUCAUUGGCUCUGUUUAAAGCCUAGUCAGAUGCCUUGUUAGGUAUGUAUAACUGAAUGCAACAACCCAACUAAAAUGGACUCUUAUAAGUGUCCGAAACGGACGGAUACUUUCACAUACCUUCUCAAAAUGCAUUGGGGGAUUUUUUUCUAGAGACAAUGCCUGUCUGCCUAUUUUGGAGCAGACUUUGUAUGACGAGUGUGUCUAUUAUGCCAUCUAACAUGGGCAGAUAUUGAAAUAGUGAGACACAUUUGUCAUAUGGGGGUUAUACUCAUAACGUUCUGGACUUUAUAAACAUUAUGAAAGAAUAACUUGACUUUAAAAUAUGAAUGAAAUAGAUACAAGUGCAUAAAUCUGCCUUAGCACAUAUUGACAUCCGUCUUUUUGUUUAAACCAUUGCAUUUUGCUUAAAAUCUUUUUAAAUGUGUUGAUGUGUUUGGUCAAAAAGACUGAGCCCACUAAUGAAAGUGAGUCUUUCUUAAAUACAUAACGUUACCAUUCUUCAGGAUAACAAAUAUGCUCACAUUUAACCACAUACCUAAAAAUAGUGCUGAAUCUUCAAUAUUCUUCUUUUUGUCAUUAUGACUUUUGUUUGUUAUU